AUGGGGAACGUCUUUGCUUUAUCUCCUCCGCAAUUCAUGCCCCCACUCAUUCCCCAUCCUAGUGGUGGAAGUGGUGUGGGACGAGCCGAAAAGAGAGAAGAGAAUCUUGACAAUCCAGGAAGCUUUGAUGAACUUCACAGAAGAUGCAAAGAGGUUUUUCCUCAGCAGAUGGAAGGAGUGAAGCUGAUAAUUAAUAAAGGUCUCAGCUCUCAUUUCCAGGUCAGCCACACCAUUCAUAUGAGUACUGUUGGCCAGUCGGGCUAUCGGUUUAAUGCAACAUAUGUGGGUACCAAACAGAUUAGUCCUGUGGAAGCAUUUCCAAUGUUCAUUGGAGAUAUGGAUAGUACAGGCAGUUUGAAUGCUCAGUGCAUUCAUCUUGUGGCUGAAAGAAUCCGCACAAAAGCAGUCUUCCAGACACAGCAGUCAAAGUUCAUGACCUGGCAGUUUGAUGCAGAAUAUCGAGGUGAUGAUUUCACAAGCACUUUGACCCUGGGAAAUCCAGACCUUAUCAGUGAAUCAGUAAUCGUGGUAGCACAUUUUCUUCAGAGUAUUACAAAGAACUUGGUGCUUGGAGGUGAACUUGUUUAUCACCGACGUCCAGGGGAGGAAGGUGCAAUUGUAACUCUUGCUGGAAAAUAUUCAACUCCACAGUGGAUCGCCACACUGAACCUUGGGCUUGGAGGUGCUCAUGCUAGCUACUACCAUAAGGCUAAUGACCAGGUUCAAGUAGGGGUCGAGUUUGAAGCAAGUACCCGCAUGCAGGACUCGUCAUUCUCUUUUGGUUACCAGCUGGAUAUUCCGAAGGCAAAUAUGAUAUUUCGAGGCUCAGUCGACAGCAACUGGAUUGUUGGUGGAGUCCUGGAAAAGAAGCUGCCCCCUCUGCCACUAACCUUGGCACUCGGGGCAUUCCUGAAUCACUGGAAAAACAAGUUUCAUUGUGGCUUUAACAUCACUGUGGGAUGAGACACAAGCAUCCCAAAAUAAUAAAGAAAAACUGAAGAACCAGA